UAUUCAACCGAAUUUACUCGUUUCAAAUCAAACGUUUCCCCCACCGUUGUCGGCAACCAAUCAAAACUAACGUCAUUAAUAAUGUCAAUUGUCAAAAACGAAAAACGUGGUUAUAAACAAAUUCAAUAAUGUCAGAACAAUACAAGAUUUUGCACCCCGUCAAGUACUUCCGCGACCACUUGGCCCACAAAAUCCGACCUGAUGGGCGCGAAUUUGGGGAAUAUCGCCCCAUCGUGGUCAAUUUGGGCUCAAUUUCGACAGCCGAUGGGUCUGCGAUUGCCAAAGUUGGUCGCACGACGGUAGUUUGCGGCAUUAAAGCGGAGUUGUGUCAGCCCAAGGCUGAGGCUGCAAACGAGGGGUUUUUGAUCCCCAAUGUGGAAUUACCACCGUUGUGUUCGUCAAAAUUUCGGCCAGGACCCCCAACUGAACAAGCCCAAGUAGCGACCCAGUUAGUUGCCGAUAUUUUAAAAAACUCUGAUUGUUUAGACUUAAAAACGUUAUGUAUAUUUCCAGACAAAUUAGCUUGGUGUUUAUAUGCUGAUUUAAUUUGUUUGGAUUUGGAUGGGGCGUUGAUAGACGCGUGUGUUGUUGCGUUAAUGGCAGCGCUUAAGUCAGUUACUUUGCCAGCGGUUCAGUACGAUCCAGCCCUUGACAACAAGCAAGUGAAUGUGCAAGAGAGGAAAGCUCUUAGUGUUACCAACACUCCAAUAGCAACAACGUUUGCAAUGUUUGAUGAUAAAAUUCUCAUAGACCCAACAGUGGAUGAGGAGGACUUAAGUACGUCUUUGGUGACAAUUGUGGUGAAGGAAGAAGAGUUGUGUUUUGUUCACAAGCCAGGUGGCUGUGUUUUUACGGAAGAGCAACUUUUAAAGUGUGUGGAAGAAAGUACAAAACGUGCAACUGUGAUUGAGGAAAUUAUAGAAACAGCUUUUAAAAGUUUAUAAUAAAAACAUUUUUUUUUAUAAAUGUAUAUCCUAUAUUAUUUAAAUAAAAAUUUUAACAGGUUCCACAGUA